AUGUUAAACCAUGUAAACAAAUCACAAUAAAAUCAAAAUCUCAAGAUAUUUUAUCAGUUCCUUUGGAUACAAUACCUUUGCAGGGGUCAAAAAUUCAUACACUUGCGGCCAGAAAACUUAUUCAAGAAAUUGAGAAUAACAAUUAUCAUCCUAUUCACACUAUUCGAGAACAAAUUGUACACUUAGCAAAAUCUUAUAACCUGAGUUCUAAAUAUACUAGUUUUAUUGCAAUUGAUUCGCAUAAUAUCGAAGAUCAUGAAAAAAAGGAAGAAUUUGAGAAAAAAAUGGCUAUAGAGAAAUAUAAAAAAUUUGAUCAUGAAGAAAAAUCAAUAAUAGAGUUUGAAAAGCAAAAAAAAAUUGAAAAUAAAAAAGACAUAGAAUUUAAAAAAAAAUCUGUGAAAAAAAUUAUAAUGGAAUUUGAAAAAGAAGCUGAAAAUCAAAAUGCUAUAAAGCUUGAAAAAAAAGAAUUUGAAAAGGCAAUUAUUAUUGAAAAAUAUAAAGAGCUUGAAAGACAAAAAAAAAUGGAAUUAAAAAAAGAACAACUCACAAAAGAAAAGGCAAUAAUGUUUCAGAAACAGAAAGAUACUCGAAUUAAAUCAUCGUCAUAUCUUGCAACUGCUAUUAACCUUUCAUAUCUUAAAAAAGAUGAAAUAUUGAAAGAACUUAAAAAUAAGAAACUUAAAUUACCAGAAUCAGAACCAUGGUGGAAAACAAGCCUUAGUACUAGUUACUUGAAAGUUGCAGCACCAAAUCAUGAAAAUAAAUGGAAAGAUAAAUAUGAUAAAGGUCGCAAAUAUCUUUCUGAUCAAAUUGGAGACGCAGAUGCCGAAAAAGAACUUUUAGAAUUUGAAGACAGUGAUGUAGUAGAUGGUAGGGUUUUGAUUGGCGGUAAAAUUGCGACGAGUAGACGGAGACCGAAAAAUCAAGUUAUUCAAAACUCAUCCACUCCUGAAAAAUGUGAAGACAUAAUAUCUAAUCAAAACUCAUCCACUCCUGAAAAAUGCGAAGACAUAAUAUCUAAUCAAAAAGAUGAUGGAAAUUUUGAAAUUAGUAAAGAAUUAGAGUCAUCAGAAUUUCCCUUAGGUGAUUUUUAUAUAAAAUCAGCAUCCGGUGUUUUCACAUCCACACCAGCACAAAAUUUAGUAGUAGAUAUUAAACGCAAUUUAUUCGUGCCUUGGGGUGCUAUCAAGGAUGGAACGAAAGCUAUUAUAGCUCAUCAAAAAAGCGAUAUUGAUCAAGAUGAUCAUCAACUUUGGCGUCAUGAAGAUGGUUGGCUAAUUAACAAACAAACAAAUUUAUGUCUAGAAGUGGAUGAGGCGAAAGCAGGAAUUUGUCUCAGUGUUCACCAUAAGAGAAACCUAAAUAAGGCUAAUAAUCAACGUUGGAUCCUUACCCCUGAAGGGCAUAUUGCAUUAAAAAGCAAUCCCAAAUUCGUUAUCGAGGUUCUCCCUAAAGGAACAGCUGUGAAAGAUGGAUCAUAUCUUAUUAUUACAAAUACAAAGUCGAAAAACUUUAAAGAUGACCCGAACUCCAAAUUUAUUAUUAUUCAUAAGAAACAUCUUGUAGAUGGUGCUUUUAUUGGCGUGAUUCGAAUGGAAUUAGUAAGUGCUAAAGACCUUAAAACUAUCGGUCCUUCCCUUACUGGAGAAAAAUCUUCUGUUCGAAUUUUUAAUGAGGAUAAUAAAAUUAUUGCCCAAACUAAAUUCAUCGAUAAUAAUUUGAAUCCAAUUUGGAACGAAAUUCAUUACCUUCCGGUUAAGAAUAUUGGAGAAAAUUUCCUUUUAGAUGUGAUGGGCUAUAAUACUCAUAAGAAAGAUGAAUCGCUUGGAAGCUGUCACUUUGCAGUUACUCGAGAUUUCAUCAAAAAAAAUUCCAAUGGUACACAAAAUGGCAUCGAUAUGUGUGCAAAACUUUCAACCAAGGGUCAAAUUUUUUAUAGAGCAAAGUUCUUCUCUCUUGAACCUCUUUCUCAACAAACUCCUGUAUUACUAAAGAAAAAUCCUUUUAAUUUAUCAACGUUAUAUCUAAUUAUCACUUUACAAACACUAGAUGGAAGUUUUCCACCUUCAAACACAUUAGCCAAAUUGUUUGGUUAUGAAUCACUAGGGGAACUCAUAAAUUUAUACAAAUCUCAUUGUUGUGAAGAUCGUGUUUUAAUGAUUAAUCAAACAGUAUGGACAACUAGUAUGGUCUCAUGGUUCUUGCAAUCUAUGUUAAAAGAAUACCGAAAUGAAUGGAUUGGUGUUUAUGAACGUGCUGAACAAUAUAUUAGUAAAGAAAUUAAUUAUAACUUAGAAAUCGAAAAAGUUGUGGUCGCCACUGGCAAGAAGGCCGUUCAUGAGAGAUUUGAGAUUAAAUAA